AUGCACCUUUUAUUUGUGCACUCUUCUUAUAUCUUUCUUUUUUUCUUUUGUUACUAACAUUCCUGUUUCAGGUUCCGGCCCAUACGGCCAACGCGAUGGUGGGGGUGAUCAACCGGUUGAAGUCCGCGUUGGUUCGAGCCCGAUCUGCACUUUCUUGCAGGAGCCCCCACUCUACUCGGACGGGUGCUGGACGAGCCGGGGCCGACGACGCGGGUCCCUCGGGCAAGGGACACGGUCGUGAGAGAGAGAGGGCACGGCACUCGCCCCUACGGCAUCGCCGUUCCGACGCGGGGGUGAGUUCUUCCGGGGAGAGGUCCGAGCCGGAGCGUAGGCGACGUUCCGUGUCGGUGGCCCGAGAGCCUAGCCCCGAGUUGCAGUCACAACCUCAUUUUUGGGGUGAUUCUGGCUGGGGACCCUCAUACCACGGGGAGUGGAGUGGAUGGACCGGCGAGGCUUGGAGACAUGGAGCCGAUGACGAGUCUUAGGCUUACCUCCUGUUUUGUACAUAUUCAUUCUUGUAUUCCGCAUGUAUAUAUAUUUUUUUGCGAUUUUUGGUGCAAGAA